AAUUUUUGCGGUUUGCCCCUGCUCCGUGGUUAAACAACAUUGCAUCCAUCAUUCCAGUCGUUCUGUCCCCCUCACAACGUAUAGAAUUCCCUUGUCUGACCCGGGCCAUUCUCCCUUGCGGCUUAAUCACAGUUCAACUGGUGUUCAUCUGUUCUCUUCAACUUUCGCGACGACCCGCACCAAUACAAACGCCCAGUUCAACUCAGGGAGUUGAUGCUUCUUAGGAGAUACCCAUAAACCUCUUUUAAUCAAAUUCUCCUGUUUCCUUGCUGGCCAGUAAGAACGGGGUCCUACGGCAGUAACAAAAAUGCGUCCCGAAGUCGAGCAGGAGCUUGCCCACACGCUCCUUGUGGAGCUCCUUGCAUACCAGUUCGCCUCGCCAGUAAGGUGGAUUGAGACCCAAGAUGUUUUCCUGGCAGAGCAGACCGCCGAGCGCAUUGUCGAGAUUGGCCCCGCGGACACGCUAGGCGUCAUGGCUAAGAGGACGCUGGCUUCAAAGUAUGAAGCAUACGACGCUGCCAAGUCGGUCCAGAGACAGAUUCUUUGCUACAACAAGGACGCCAAAGAGAUCUACUACGACGUUGAUCCGGUGGAGGAGGAACCCGAGCCGGCCGCGUCCGAAGCGGGCCCUUCGAGCGCCUCCGCGGCUCCAGUUUCCGCAGCUCCAGUUGCCGCAGCUCCAGCCGCAGCUGCCGCCCCAGCAGCAAGCGCCGGCCCUGCCGCGCAGGUUCCGGAUGCGCCUGUCCAGGCCGUUGAUAUUGUACGGUCAUUGGUGGCGCAGAAGCUGAAGAAGCCUCUGCAGGACAUUCCUCUCAGCAAAGCCAUUAAAGAUUUGGUUGGCGGCAAAUCAACACUCCAAAAUGAGAUUCUCGGCGAUCUGGGCAAAGAAUUUGGGUCGACGCCCGAGAGACCCGAAGAUACCCCCUUGGACGAACUCGGUGCCGCCAUGCAGGCCACAUUCGACGGAAACCUAGGCAAGACUUCACAGGGUCUCAUUGCUCGUCUCAUUUCGUCAAAGAUGCCCGGCGGUUUCAAUAUCACGACGGCAAGAAAAUACCUGGAGACCAGAUGGGGGCUGGGCUCGGGAAGGCAGGAUGGCGUGCUCCUGCUCGCCAUUACCAUGGAGCCGCCCGCCCGUCUCGGAUCCGAGGCGGAUGCGAAGGCCUUUCUCGACGAUGUCUCGCAGAAAUAUGCCUCUAUCGCCGGCGUCAGCUUGUCGACCGCCGCUGCGGCUGGUCCGGCUGCCGGUGCUGGCGGCGGCAUGAUGAUGGAUCCCGCCGCCAUCGAGGCGCUGACAAGCGACCAAAAAGCCCUAUUCAAGCAGCAACUGGAACUCAUUGCCAGGUACCUCAAGAUGGACAUUCGUGCGGGAGACAAGGCCUUCCAGGCCUCGCAGGAGUCGGCCAAGGUUCUCCAGUCUCAGCUCGAUUUAUGGAUGGCAGAACACGGCGACUUCUACGCCUCUGGAAUUGAACCUGUUUUCAGCUCCCUCAAGGCACGUGUCUACGACUCUUCGUGGAACUGGGCCCGCCAGGACGCCCUGAGCAUGUACUACGACAUCAUCUUCGGCCGACUGAAGGCUGUCGACCGUGAAAUCGUGAGCCAAUGCAUUCGAAUCAUGAACCGGUCCAAUCCCACGCUGCUCGAGUUCAUGCAAUACCAUAUCGACAACUGCCCGACUGAACGCGGAGAGACAUACCAGCUGGCCAAGGAGCUUGGUGCCCAGCUCAUACAGAACUGCAAGGAUGUGCUCACAGCGGAUCCUGUGUACAAAGAUGUCGCCAUCCCAACUGGACCCCGAACCACCAUUGACGCCCGUGGCAACCUCAAGUAUGAGGAAGUCCCGCGCGCCAGCUGCCGCAAGCUUGAGCACUAUGUGCAGCAGAUGGCUGAGGGCGGCAAGAUCUCGGAAUACGGGAACCGUACAAAGGUUCAGAACGAUCUGUCCAAGAUUUACAAGCUCAUCAAGCAACAGCACAAGCUCCCGAAGACGUCGCAGCUCGAGAUCAAGACGUUGUACGGAGAGAUCAUCCGGUCGCUGUCAAUGAACGAGAGCCAGAUCAUUCCCAAAGAGAACGGCAAGAGCAACGGGGUGCUCAAGAAGGUCAAGCCCAAAGGAAAGACUGAGACCAUUCCAUUCCUUCAUCUCCGCAAAAAGACACAGCAUGGUUGGGAUUACAGCAAGAGGCUUACCAGCACAUACCUAGACUGCCUUGAACAGGCAGCUAGGGACGGUGUUACCUUUAGCGGCAAAUACGUCCUCAUGACGGGCGCCGGUGCUGGUUCGAUCGGCGCCGAGGUACUCCAGGGUCUCAUCAGCGGUGGUGCAAAGGUUGUUGUAACCACGAGCCGCUUCUCCCGCGAGGUUACCGAGUACUACCAGUCCAUGUAUGCCCGCUAUGGCUCGCGCGGCUCCCAGCUCGUGGUGGUCCCCUUCAAUCAAGGCAGCGUCCAAGACAUCAACGCCCUGGUCGAUUACAUUUACGAUCCCAAGAACGGCCUUGGCUGGGAUCUCGACCACAUCGUCCCCUUUGCUGCGAUUUCCGAGCAAGGCCGUCAGAUUGACGGGAUUGACUCCAAGUCCGAGUUGGCUCAUCGUAUCUUGCUGACCAACCUCAUCCGUCUCCUCGGCUGCGUCAAGACGCAAAAGGCUACGCGCGGUUUCGAGACGCGUCCUGCCCAGGUCAUCCUCCCCCUUUCGCCUAACCACGGAACCUUCGGCUUUGACGGUUUGUACUCCGAGUCCAAACUCGGCCUCGAGACCCUCUUCAACCGGUGGUAUUCUGAGGAGUGGGCCAACUACUUGACGAUUUGCGGUGCCAUUAUCGGUUGGACUCGUGGUACAGGUCUGAUGUCUGGGAACAACAUCGUGGCCGAGGCCAUUGAGAGUUUCGGCGUCCGCACGUUCUCGCAGCAGGAGAUGGCUUUCAACCUGCUCGGCCUAAUGUCCCCGACAAUUGUCGAUCUCUGCCAAAACGAGCCAGUGUUUGCUGAUCUGAACGGCGGCCUUCAGUUCAUUCCCAACCUCAACGAGGCCAUGACGAGAGAACGCAAGUCACUAACCGAGACCAGCGAGAUCCGCCGGGCUGUUACGAAGGAGACUGCUGUUGAGAACAAGAUUGUCAAUGGCGAGGACUCGGAAGCUCUUUAUAAGAAAAAGGUUAUCGAGCCCCGAGCCAACAUUAGAUUCGAUUUCCCCCCGCUUCCUGACUGGAAGUCGGACAUUGCUCCCCUCAAUGAGAAUCUCAAGGGCAUGGUCGACCUCGAGAAGGUUGUUGUUGUCACGGGCUUUGCCGAAGUCGGACCUUGGGGCAACUCAAGGACCAGAUGGGAAAUGGAGGCGUACGGCGAGUUCUCACUUGAGGGCUGCAUCGAGAUGGCCUGGAUCAUGGGUCUCAUCAAGAACCACAAUGGGCCGAUCAAGGGGAAGCCGUACUCUGGCUGGGUGGAUGCCAAGACAGGCGAGCCCGUCGACGACAAGGACAUCAAGCCCAAGUAUGAGAAGUACAUCCUGGAGCACUCUGGUAUCCGUCUUAUUGAACCUGAGCUUUUCGAUGGUUACGACCCGAACAAGAAGCAGCUGCUCCACGAGGUUGUCAUCGAGGAGGAUCUGGAUCCCUUCCAGGCCUCCAAGGACACGGCAGAGGAGUUCAAGCGCGAGCACGGCGACAAGGUGGAAAUCUUCGAGAUUCCUGAGACUGGCGAGUAUACCGUCCGUCUGAAGAAGGGUGCAUCUCUCUGGAUUCCCAAGGCGCUGAGGUUCGACCGUCUGGUUGCCGGCCAAAUCCCGACUGGCUGGGAUGCCAAGCGCUACGGCAUACCUGACGACAUCAUCUCCCAGGUUGAUCCGGUGGCUUUGUUCGUUCUCGUUUCGACGGUUGAGGCGCUUUUGUCUGCCGGUAUCACGGAUCCGUACGAGUUCUACAAGUAUGUCCAUGUUUCCGAAGUGGGCAACUGUGUGGGCUCCGGUAUGGGUGGCACGGCAGCCCUCCGUGGCAUGCACCGUGACCGCUUCCUUGACAAGCCGCUCCAGAACGACAUUUUGCAGGAAUCGUUCAUCAACACCAUGGCCGCUUGGGUGAACAUGCUGCUCAUUUCGUCCUCCGGUCCGAUCAAGACUCCUGUGGGUGCUUGCGCUACAGCAGUCGAGUCCAUCGAUAUCGGUUACGAGACCAUCAUGGAGGGCAAGGCCCGCGUUUGCUUUGUGGGUGGCUUCGACGACUUUGGCGAGGAAGGUUCAUACGAGUUCGCCAACAUGAAAGCGACCAGCAAUGCCGUUGACGAAUUUGCGCACGGUCGGACGCCCAGGGAGAUGUCCAGGCCCACUACAACCACCCGAAACGGGUUCAUGGAGUCCCAAGGCUGCGGUAUCCAGGUGAUCAUGACUGCUAAGCUCGCCCUGGAGAUGGGCGUUCCGAUUUACGGCAUUCUCGCACUCACCACCACUGCCUCGGAUAAGAUUGGCCGAUCGGUGCCCGCACCUGGCCAAGGUGUACUGACGACGGCCCGGGAGCAUACCGGCAAGAUUGCAUCCCCUCUGCUCGACAUGAAAUACAGGCGGCGACAGAUUGAGCGCCGAACCAGACAGAUCCAGGACGAUAAGGAGGCAGAGCUCCAAUACCUGGCCGACGAAGCUGAGGCGCUUAAGGCUGAGGGUCGGUCGCAGACAGAGAUUGAGGAGUACGUUGCGGAGCGCGCAAGGCACGUUGAGAAAGAGGCCGAGCGGCAGACCAAGGAAGUUUUGCGCAGUUACGGCAACAACUUCUGGAAGAGCGACCCGAGCAUCGCUCCCCUGCGCGGCGCGCUGGCUACGUGGGGUCUCACAAUCGACGAUCUCGGUGUGGCAUCGUUCCACGGAACCUCAACCAAGGCCAACGACAAGAACGAGUCGUCAGUUAUCUGCCAACAGCUCGCUCACCUUGGCCGCAAGAAGGGCAAUGCCGUCCUGGGUAUCUUCCAGAAGUAUCUCACGGGCCACCCCAAGGGUGCUGCUGGUGCCUGGAUGAUGAACGGCUGCUUACAAGUCCUCAACACCGGCCUCGUCCCAGGCAAUCGCAAUGCCGACAACGUAGACCAGGUGAUGGAGAAGUUCGACUACAUUGUGUACCCAAGCCGCAGCAUCCAGACAGAUGGCGUGAAGGCCUUCUCUGUCACGUCGUUCGGUUUCGGUCAGAAGGGCGCUCAGGCCAUUGGCGUGCACCCCAAGUACCUCUUUGCCACUCUCGACGAGCAGACGUUCAAUGAGUACCGGGUCAAGGUCGAGGCUCGGCAGAAGAAGGCCUAUCGCUACUUCCACAACGGCAUGAUCAACAACACCCUCUUUGUCGCCAAGGACAAGUCGCCAUACACGGACGAGCAGCUGAGUGCUGUUCUCCUGAACCCAGAUGCGCGGGUUACGGAAGAUAAGAAGACUGGGCUCCUCACAUUUCCGUCCGACUUUAUGAAACUGUCAGAGAAGACUCCGACUGUCUCGGAACGCAAAGCGACGCUGGAGUCAGUCGUCAACCGGGAGGCACGGCGGCUGGAGAACAUGAACACGCGCGUCGGCUUCGACGUCGAGGACAUCUCGUCUAUCAACGUUGACAAUGACACGUUCCUGGAACGCAACUUCACCGAGGCCGAGGUGAAGUACUGCCUCGCGUCGGCCACGGGCCGAUCCCCGCAGAAGGCUUUUGCCGGGCGGUGGAGUGCAAAGGAGGCCGUCUUCAAGGCGUUAGGCGUUGCGAGCCAGGGCGCCGGCGCGGCGCUGAGGGACAUUGAGAUCUCGACGGACCAGAAUGGUGCGCCGCAAGUCAAGCUCCAUGGCGCGGCCCUUCAGGCGGCAGAAAGGGCGGGGAUUAAGAAGGUUAAUGUUUCCAUUUCGUAUACGGACAGCCAUGCCGCUGCCAUUGCCACAGCGCUGUUGUAGAAUGUUAUCGAGAGGACUGUAGGGGCGUUCAGUGCGGUAGAGCAUGUCUUUUUGGCGGACGUGUAUCGAUUUUAUGUUAUAGAUCAGGCGAGAUCCGAGGUUGAUGCGCUCUAGAUCCCUAGACUACCUUAAUUGCUAGACCUUGCUGGUCUGUUAUGCUUU